AUGUCCCAGUGCAAUAAGAAAGCCAAGCACAGUGACAUCGUUGUCCUUUAUGCCCGAAACCUGAGAGCUUUGGACACUAGUGAACAGGAGCAUUUAAGAAGUUCGCUACUGAAGGAGCAAAUGCUUAGGAAGCAAGCCGAGUUAGAAUCAGCCCAGUGCCGGCUCCAACUCCAGGUCCUCACUGAUGAAUGUACUAAACUGCACAGUCGUGUUCAGGAUUUGCAAAGUCUUAUUAUGCAGCAUAAGGAACAAACUUUACAGCGACUCAGGGGCUCCCAAGCACAGUUCCUGAGCUGCCAGUCUUCCAGCCAGGGCCAGCGCAAGUACCACUUCCAGAAGACCUUCCCAGUGUCUCAGACAGGAAGCUGGAUCAUGGAAUACUGUGAAACUCUUAGCUGCCUGGUGGUGUCACAGCCUUCUCCUCAAGCCUCCUUCCUUCCAGGCUUUGGUGUUAGGAUGCUGAGUACAGCCAACAUGAAAAGUAGUCAGUACAUUCCAAUGCAUGGCAAACAGAUACGUGGAUUGGCUUUCAACCCCCGAUCCAAAGGCUUGCUGCUCUCUGCUUCCCUGGACAACACUGUUAAAUUGACCAGCCUGGAGACAAAUACUGUGGUGCAGACUUACAAUACUGGUCGGCCUGUCUGGAGCUGUUGCUGGUGUCUUGAUGAAAACUAUUAUCUCUAUGCUGGGCUGGUCAACGGUUCAAUUCUGGUGUACGACAUGCGAAUUACAAACUCUCACGUCCAGGAGUUGGUGCCUCAGAAAGCCAGAUGCCCGCUGGUAUCCCUGUCAUAACCUAAAGCUGCUUCGGCUGCCUUUCCGUAUGGUGGAGUACUGGCUGGAACCUUGGAGAAUGCUUCCUUCUGGGUGCUGAGACCAGGCUUUUCUCAUUGGCCUCACGUGCUGCCCUUGGAGCAAGGGGGCUGUAUAGACUUCCAGACAGAAAGUAGCACCCGGCACUGUCUUGUGACCUACAGGCCUGAUAAAAACCACAGUACCAUGCGGAGUGUGCUGAUGGAGAUGUCCUAUAGGCUGGAUGAUGCUGGAGAGCCAGUCUGCUCCUGCAAUCCUGUACAAACAUUCCAUGGUGGACCCACUUGCAAACUGUUGACCAAAAAUGCCAUUUUCCAAAGUCCAGAGCAUGAUGGUAGCAUCUUGGUGUGUACUGGGGAUGAAGCAUCAAAUUCUGCUUUGCUGUGGGAUGCCAGCAAUGGCUCAAAGUUACAGGACCUGCAGACUGAUCAUCCUGUCUUGGACAUCUGCCCAUUUGAGGUGAACCAUAAUAGCUACCUGGCCACCUUGACAGAGAAGAUGGUCCACCUCUAUAGGUGGGAGUGACCAUGGUUUUGAGCUUUCAGAUCUACUGAUGGUUCAUGUUAAAUGCUUUUUGCUAGCACCUAGCAGCCUUGAGUAAUAUUCCUGUUUAUUGCUUGUGGACAACUUUUGGGAUCAUGGUUCUUUUGGAUUAAUAUGAUUCUGGGACUCCAGGUCACUUAGACACUACAGAUUGUGUAUCUGCUAUAUCCCUUAAAAGAGUAAGUACUGGUGGUCCAUCUUCAUUUUCUAUUUCUUGAGUUACGAGCCUUCUUGAGUCUUUUUGGGAAUCUGUCUUUAUUUCCUGUCUUUCUGUUGGACCUGAGAAUAUCCUCUCAGCAGUCUUCUAAGAUAGGCGUGUUCACCAAGCGUUUUCCAGGGGAUAUGACACCCCACUUGAAUGGUCUUUUCACUGGGUUAAUUGCUUUGAGAGUCCUGCAUUGUUUGCUGCUUGGAUGCAGCAUGGAUGUAGAAGAGUCCUUCUCCAGUUAAACACAAGAGGGCACUGUGGAACCUUGUGUGUGAUUUAAUUUAUUUCUCAGCCUAAUGGCUGACCUUUUGGUACCUUGGUCUCAUCUCCACAGAAAUGUGUGGUAGAACACAUCUGGCAUGCUUUGUGGCAACAGUAGUUACGUUUGAGGCACACGGUGCUGGAAUGUCAGCAAGCCCAGUGAUGAAGGCAACUGAUGAGUGUUAGAAUCUUUGCUAAUGCUGAGUACAUUAAACUCAUUGCAUAUUUUGAGAUCUAAAGACAAAAGACCAGUUGUUUGAGCAAUAGGGAAGGCUUGUAUAUUUAGCUAUUUUAGGAUCUCAGGGUUAGUUUUAUCCAAUUCAAAGCUUUAAAGACUACUGCUUUCCUCUCUCACUAGGAAAAAAUGAAUGAUAUGUCAAAGCUCUUAUUUUAGUCUCACCUAAGAUUGAGAGCAAAGGACUAAGAGCUCACAGGAGAGAAGCUACACUCAAACCAUUUUUGAGGAUAGAACGGCUUGUUUUUUACCAUUUUGAGAGUUCCUAUCUCAAUAAAGCCAAUCCCUCAGAGUAAGGGACUGUUCUUGAGCAUGUUUUUAGUUCCCAGGUAAAAGCUUUCCUCUCUGAAAUUGAUGUUUGACUCUUAAGUUCCUCUGAUUUUCCUCCAUAAUGUUUUGUAAAAGUGUAGGUAAUAAAAGGUUAUUCUCAGGAAGAGAGUGGUGGCUGGAGACCCACAUGGUGGCAGGGAGAUGCUCACCAGCUGUCGUUCCUCUCCUGCACUGGCCAGCACUGAGCGCUGGUCUCUCCACUGGAGGCUCAGUUUCUGUUUGCCUCAGGCUCCUCUGCUGAACCACCGUCUUCAAGGGGUGGCAGGUCACUGCCCUGUUCUUUGAUGCAGGAUGUUUUUUCUUACAUGAUUGUCAGAGAGAUGCUACUUUUAUUAUAAAACAAUUCUGAGCUAUCAACUGUCUGGAAGGUUGCCAGGAUUUUUCUCAUUGUUGUGGAUUUCCCCAGAGUUCCAUAUUCUAGUUACUAACCUUUUUAAUGGCCUCCUUCUAUUUGAGAACAUCUUUAUAAAAGCCACCUUCUGGAGUCUGGGCAAAACUCCCCUUUCUUGGUGGAGAUGUUCCUUAUGAUAUGUUGAUUAAGAGUGGCUCCCUGGGCCCGACACUUCAGUAGAAAGUCAUCUGAUUUCAGCAGACUGGCAGAGAGGAUGCGAGUGGUCAGCCUCUGACUGCCUUUCUCUUUGGGGUAGGUUAGGAUUUGACUUGCUUUGAAGUCUACUCAACUGAUACUCAUUGGUUUCCCCUAAGAGUAGGAACUAAGGGAUUUGUUACUAGGGAGGUUGGGUGAAUCUCAAGGUUUGCCUGACCUUGCAUUCCUACAAUAUGCUUGGAUGUUUUGGAAGCGAAUUGACGUGACUAUGACUGAUUUCUCCAUGGGAAAUGGGGGACCACCCUACUUGCAGGAAGCUGUACCUGACUAGCUCUAGUCCACUGAGCACUACCAGGGUCUCUGUCUACCAUGUUCCCUUACCUCUGUCUACCUCUGGUGGUUUUCCCAUUAGAGGGUUUGGAGUUAAGCUGAUUUAAAAUGUCUUUUGUAUGUUUUGUGCCUGCUUUGAAAAUGGGGCAAUAGAUUGUUGUUCAUAUUCUGUUUUAAUGUUUGUAUUUUCUGCUUUAGUGUUAAUAAGAAAAUAAAGAGUUUGCCAUGUGUAAUA